AUGGAUCACAACGAACCGCAUACGGCAUCGAGCAGAGGACAUUCGACGACAGGGUUCAGCUGGCAGAAUGGAAUGCCUACUUUGAGAAUGGAAGAUGCUGUCGUGGAGACUGUCGUGACCCAUACUACACGAACAACGACAUCAUUUGCACCGAUAUGCCUACCUCGUAUACCGCCGCCUGAAUCACUGGGACUUCCUUCUCACCUCCAGAAUGAACGAUACCCUUUAGCGAAUCAACCUGCGCCAGCUGAAAUGGAAUUUUUUACCCUCAAUCUUGGCGGUCGAAGAGUCAUAGUACAAGAUGAAUCUGCUGGUGCUCCAAAUCUAGAUGGUUCCCUACGAUCCUCUGGACCAGGAUGGACCAAAACCCUUCCCUCAAGUACCUACGAUUCCCCUUCAGCGAAUACCAAGACGCACGGUCAAGAAGAGAGGAUGGGUUUUUUGCAAGCUCUGAAUAGGACCAAAGGGAAAGAAGUCAGGAAACGACCUCAUAAUUUCAGUCGACCAGGUAGUAGACAAGAAGAUGGUCUGAAUAUAGACGUUAGUACACUUCCUAUAAGUGCAUCUGAGCAAGUGGCUAUUAGACAGAGGAGUCCACCUAGAAAGAAGAUUAGGGGUUUGGAAGAACUAACGAUACAUCCUCAAACUGGUAAUUCCUCUUUACUUUCACCUUUGCCGUCACCUGAACAUGAAACUGGACCUUCCACACCAGCUAGAUCAGCUUCUCCUUCGCCACCUAAUCUUGGUUCCGGAGUAGAAGUAUCAUCUCUUUUAUCCUUGCCCGCUUUAGUGUCUCAAUUCGAUUUACUCCCCGAUCGACUUCAACAACAUUUCUUGAUGCAUCUCCUUCGAAGAUCACGUAUGCCCACAAUACAAAGAGUAUCAACAUUCGCCUCUAUCGCCCUUAAAAGAGAUUUCAUCGCUUUGCUACCUCAUGAAGUGGCUGUUCAGAUUCUCCGGAAAGUCGAUAGAGCGAGUUUAGCAGUCGCUUCGAGGGUAUGUAAAACUUGGAAAAGGAUGAUAGAUACUGAAAGGGUUGUAUGGCGACAACGUCUAAUUGACGAUGAUUUCUGGUACGGACUAGGAGUAGAAGAAGCUGAAGAGAGGAAAGUCUUGGAUAGAUACGAAACUCUUGAUUGGAAAGCUGAGAGAGAAGCGGAAAUGUUUGGAUUUAGUAGAGGAAGGGAAAACACACCAAGUGAUGAUGAAAGGAUGUUUUCAGCUACGAACCCAUCGAGAACAACGUAUGAACCAGAAAGACCUACGGCACUGAAACAUGUGUACAGGAGAAGAUAUCAAAAUCAGAAAUCAUGGCUACAUACUCGCCCUGACCAUACUUCCUUCUCGGGACAUGGGACGAAUGUUGUGACCUGUUUGCAAUUCGAUGAGGAGAAGAUCAUUUCUGCUUCAGACGAUCAUUCUAUAAACAUUUACGACACUAUGGGUGGAGCAUUGAGGAAGAGACUUGACGGACAUGAAGGUGGAGUUUGGACUUUAGAAUACAAGGGCGAUACUCUGGUCAGUGGAAGUACGGACAGGACUGUAAGAAUAUGGGAUUUGGAGGACUUCACAGAAGUCCACGUGUUUCAUGGUCACACAUCCACAGUUAGGUGUUUACAGAUUGUCGAACCUGUUUGGAACGAGCAGGAGAAAGAAUGGCAACCACCUUAUCCUAUGAUCGUCACUGGCUCGAGAGACGCUACUUUACGAGUCUGGAAGUUACCUGCAAAAGGAGAUGAACCUUACAACAGAACUUCUGCAUCCGGUACAGAAGAUGAACCUGCUCCAUCCGAAGACAAUCCAUACCAUCUACACCUUCUCGCAGGUCACAGCCAAGCGGUUCGUGCGCUCGCUACACAUGGCAGGAUAUGUGUUUCCGGCUCAUACGACAUGACUGUGAGAGUAUGGGAUAUAGUUAAGGGCACUUGCAUUCAUGUCUUAACCGGUCACGAGGCAAAAGUCUACAGCAUAGUUUACGAUCAAUACCGAAAUAGAUGCGCGUCUGGAUCCAUGGACAACACUGUCAAAGUAUGGGACGUAGUGACUGGUGAUUGUUUACACACCCUCACAGGUCAUACAUCUCUGGUUGGUUUGCUAGGCAUAUCUCCGAAUUACAUGGUUUCGGCAGCGGCCGAUGCAUCCUUACGCAUCUGGGACCCCGAAACCCUUCAGUUGAGGAAUACUUUAGCCUCCCAUGGAGGAGCCAUAACUUGUUUCCAACACGACGAGACCAAAGUCGUCUCUGGAUCUGAUGGCGCUCUCAAGUUAUGGGAUAUCAGAUCCGGAACAUGUAUAAGAGAUCUGGUCGUUGGAAUCAGCUCAGUAUGGCAAGUCGCUUUCAACGGUAAUCUACUCGUUGCAGCUUCCAACAGAGGUGGACAAACUGUAUUUGACGUUUUCAAUUUCGCUCCUACAACUUAUGCCUCGCCUUUCCCGGAAGGAAUAGAUGAUGAUAAUUUGGACUUAUUGAGAACGCCAGCUUGGCUAAGAGGUAAAGAAAAGGAGAAGAAAUUGUCCAGGUACGAACAAUGGGAUGAACAUGAAGAUAUCGGAUCGCCGACGCCUUCUCAUUACAAUACGAGGUCAAACCCACAAGAUAAAUGGAAUGGACUAAGCCUGAGACAAUAUCACGGUAGUUCUCCGAACAACAAAGCUCAUGUUGGAGCAAGUAGAAGAUCAAAUAGAAUUGCCGGAAGAAAUUCCUUACCUGCAAAUUUAGAUUCUUUACCUUUAUUUUCAAAUUUCAGUGGACCUAGUUCAAGAAGACAUCCACCUGCGUUCACGAACGUUUCAUUUGGAAUUGGUUCAGGUCAGAGUCCAACUCGUCAUAUUCAUCAAGUAAGCGGAACAUCAUCAUCGAUAGGAGGACAAACUAGAGCGAGAUUGAGAAAACUCCGAUCGAACAGGGAAACUGAUUCCCCUACUCCCUCAUUUGCCAUCUCGCCUAUUGGAGGAGGAGGAGUAUCGACCGGAACGAGAAGUGGAAGCAGUAGAAUGGGUGCUCCUGCUGGAUCUAGUUUUGCUCCUAUCUUCGAUGACGAUAACCAGCCUUUCCAUGACGGGGGAGAACAUUAUGACCACGGAGAAGGAAUGACACUCGAUGAUGAUGAUGAGGAUGAUGAUGUGGAUGACGAUGAUCUCUGA